AUGUCGCACGCCCAUCUUCACCGUCAUGCAAAACGCGAUUUCAUAUCAGAUAUUGAGAGUUUCUUUGGAGUCGGUGGUGGAAAUAGCUCCCCCGAUCAACAAACGGUAACAGCACCGGUCGUUUACGUGACUGCAUCGCCUACCUUCACUGGUGCAAUUGGUGGUUAUGUUACAGGCACUCAGCCGCUUGACACUCCUGCAGAGUCAACUUCAACAGCAGGAAAGGGUAAUCCUGUAGCCCAAUCAACCACACACACAACGACAAUUCCCCAUUCGGAUAAGACAACCACGACCACCAAGGCUCCAGAGACCACAACUCAUGCUCCGUCAACCACGUCGACUACAUCGACUCAGUCGACUCAGUCGACAACUUCAACUACGUCUUUAUCGGAUCUGUUAACCACCACUACCGAGCCUCCCCAGACAACUUUCUUGACGUCCUCUUCCACACAAUCCCAGUCUUCCACUACUUCGUCAACGGGUACUGUGUUAGAUCAAUUUCCUUCUCCAACUGCUUCUGCCACAACAUCUGCUGCGGCAUCCGCUUCCAAUGGUCUCACAGGAGGUGCCAAAGCGGGAAUUGCGAUUGGUGUUUUAUUUGGAGUGGGUGUUAUUGCUGGAUUGGUUCUGUUCUGGUUGCACAAGCAGAGGAUGAACAGAGAAGAAGCAGCUGCCGCCGCUGCUGCUGCCGAAAAUGAAAAGUUCACCCCAAGUCAGCCUCCUCCUAUGACCAGCGCUCCGCCACCACAGUCAAUAGCAGCUUAUUCCACUUCACCAACGAGUCAGACCGCUCCUCAAGUCAGCUUGCGUCCAAUCACUCAGUUCAAUCCUUUAUUCAAUCAGCCUGCUGGAGCCAAUCCUUAUAUCGCUGGUGCUGCCGGUUCUGCUGGCGCCGCGGCUGCUGGUUUGCAAGUCAAUCAGCCAGCUGAACGUCCAUAUAAUGGCUCAGCACAUGUUCCCCCGCAGUCUCCUCGUCAAGAUCCAUUUACAGAUCCAGUCAAUCCAUUUGAUAAUGGAGCGCAAGCCCCCUCUCCUCCUUUGCCCCCGGCCAAGGACGCAUCAUCCCCGGUCAGAGAUUUGACACCUUCGCCUACCGGAAGUACUCACAACUUGCCUAGUCCUGUCACCGAAGAAGGCCCAUCUCCUGGAUCUGCAGAAGCUGGCGCUGUCGGUGCAGUCGCGGAAGCUGCUGUUGGAGCUGCUGCUGUCGCCGCCGUGGCCGCUGCAAAGUCUGAAGAUAAGCCAGCCGAACCACGGACUCCUUCACCUGAAUACGUUGAAGGUACUGGAUCACGACCUCAAUCUCCUGUUGUUGGUGGGGCUUCAGUUGUUAGUAACGUUCACCGAGUGCAAAUGGACUUUACACCCUCCUUGGCUGAUGAAAUGGAACUUCGUGCGGGUCAACUUGUGAGACUCUUGAAGUCGUACGAUGAUGGAUGGACUCAAUGCUCUAGCAUGGAUGGCUCAGUUAAGGGUAUAGCACCACGCACAUGUCUCUCCGCACGACCGCUCCAGCCUCGACGCCCACCUGGAAGUGGUGGUCCUAAUGGCCCUGGUCCUCGUGGUCCACCCGUUAUGGGACCCAAUGGGCUGAAUGGAAGACCCAUGUCCCCAGCAGGUAGCGGCAUGGGACCUCCACCGCAGAUGCGAGGAGCUCCUCCCCGGUUCUACAAUGACGGUCGCCCUAUGACCCCAACUGGCUCCGGAAUGCCGCAAUUUCCACCUCCUCCUGGCACUCCACGAUCCAUGUCACCUGGACCCGGUCGGGGAAGCAUUGACGUUCCGCGCCCAUUGACCCCCGGAGGCUCGCGUCCAGCUAGUCCAGCCGGAGGACGAUCACGUAGCAACAGCGCAAGUGUCGCUCAAACGGGUGGACGUCCUCCCGUGCACCGAGGAAGUCAAAGUCCGUUAGCUCCACCAACUGGUCCUUUACCUGGUCCUCCUGCGCAGCCUGUUCAAACUCCCACCGGACCUCCAGCACCACCGCAGGUUCAAGUUAAUGGACGUCCUGAGUCGCCUAUUGAGAGAAAACCUGUCCCCGGUCAGCAAUAG